CAUUUCGUUUGCCCGGUAGAUUUGAAUAGCUGUGCCACCUAGUGGAUAGGAGUCAAAACAGACUCUGCACUGAAGAAGUCUAUCUGAUUUAAUCUGCUCAAAGAUAUUUCAUAACUAAAAGUUAUUUGAGAAAACAACAUCUUGUUAGCUAGCUUGCUUUCCGCCAAGUUACAAUGUACGAACAUGUACAUUAACCGUAACACAACAAAAGAAACGAAAAACGAAAAGCGUUGGGUUGCUAGGCAACUAAACUCAAGAUGCGACUGUACCUCGACAACAACACUUGGGUCCGGACUUUUGGUCUUGUCCGACUCCUUAGGUCAGCUGUGGGCAUCCUCUCAGCAGCACAAUGUCUUGUGCAGCAUACUUAGAUGGAAAUGCAAGACCAAAGUCCAUUAGCAGAGCCAAACAAUGGACUGACGAGGUGGAGAACUUGUACAGAUUCCAACAGGCUGGCUACAGAGAUGAACUGGAAUACAAACAAGUAAAGCAAGUUGACUUGAUUGACAGGUGGCCUGAAACUGGGUUUGUGAAGAAGCUUCAGCGUCGAGACAACACAUUCUAUUAUUACAAUAGAAAAAGAGAAUGUGAAGACAAAGAACUACAUAAAGUGAAGGUCUAUGUAUACUAAGUUGUUUCCUGUCUUCACAUUUCCAUUUUAAAUAUUUUUUUUCAAAGAAUAUGUCAGUAGGAUGGAAGGAAGGAAGGCAGUACCUUCACAGAAGUGGCAUUUGUAUGGACCAAUUGACUGAAUAAAGGCUGUGAGGCUGAAGCUGUCUGGUGUGUGUAAACCUGUGAAGGCAGGUGUGUGAGACUGUGAAGGCAGGUUUGUGAGAUUGUGAAGGCAGGUGUGUGAGAAUGUUUGUAUUAUGAGCCCAUGUUUAAUGUUUCAUUGUGGUUCUAGAUUAAGUAUUUCACUGUGCAGGAGGAGAUUAAAAAGGGCUAUUAAACCCUAAUCAUGUGAUGUUAGCAAGAGGACUGGGAUUACCUUAAC